AUGGUCGGGAAAUCGGUGUCGGCCGAGGCGAUAAGGAGAGGUGUCAACUUAAGCGACUACAGUCUGCAGUUCUGUCGGUGGUUCCUGCUGCCGAUCGGCGCUUGGCCGGCGUCCGCGGCGGCCAGCAAACGCGAGCGUUUUUACUCGCUCCUGUUGGUCGUCCUGUCUUUCAGUCUGGUAGGGUUCACGGUGUUCUGCAGCCUGCUGAACAUGAUGCUGUCGGACGACAGCAUACGACUCAAGCUGAAGACGUUCGGCCCGUUCGUCCACUGGACCGUGGGCGGUUGCAACUUGAUGUUGCUGUUGUCGCGCGGCAAGGACAUCCAGCUCUGCAUCGACCACAUGAGAACGGACUGGCGCACUGUGAACAGGGUCAAGGACCAGGAGAUCAUGCUGAGGAACGCCAAAAUUGGCAGGUUCAUCUCGGUUACCUGUGCUGUCUGGCUGCAGGGCGGUGUCCUUGGCUUCUGCGCUGUCACCGCUCUGAGCACCGUGGCCGUGCAGGUCGGCAACGAGACCAGACUCGUUCAUCCCAUGCCCUGUUCCGUUUACAAGAAAAUGCUCAACGUCGACGAAAGCCCGACCAACGAGAUCGUGCUCGUCUCGCAGUUCCUUUCCGGCGCUGUCGUUAACACCGUUUCUGUAGGGGUGUACAGCAUGGCCGCGGUGUUCGCAGCACACGCGUGCGGUCAGUUGGAUGUUAUCAUGACGUGGAUCGCGGAGUUUGUGAAUAAAACGGAAAAGAUACGGAAGGUGGUGCGUUACUCCGAGAUCGGGAUAAUCGUGAAGCAUCAUCUACGUACUCUGAGCUUCAUAUCGCAUAUCGAAGAGAUAAUGCAAUGGAUAUGUUUUAUGAUAUUGGCCGCGUGCACAACGGACAUAUGCAUGCUUUGCUAUUACAUUCUUACGGAAUGGACCGAACACAAUAUUCAAAAUUUGUCCACAUAUAUCGUUAUUCUACUGGCUUAUACAUUCAAUGUAUUCGUAAUGUGCUAUAUCGGUGAUAUACUGUCGGAACAGUGCUUGAAAGUCGGGGAAGUGGUGUACAUGACUAACUGGUAUUACUUACCUGACAAAACAGUUCUCGAUCUGAUACUGAUCAUUAAAAGGUCGAGCGUGACGAUCAAAAUUACCGCCGGGAAGAUUAUUGAAAUGUCCAUUUCCACGUUCGGCAGUGUGAUGAAAACUGCAUUCGCUUAUGUGAACUUUCUGCGGCAGACCACGUGA